AUGCAGUCAGGAAUUACAGUCUCCUCGGAGCUGCACGAUGCAUUCGCCCGCUUCAACUCCGACUCCUCAACCUUCUGUCUGCCGGUAACCAUCACGGCAGAGACCCUGACACCGCUGGCCCCAAUCUCCUUCCAGGGCAGCCCCUCUGAAAACGCCUUCUUUUCAGCCCUCCCCCAGCUGUCCUCCAUCCUUCAACCUAAAACCCCCAUCUACCUCCUCCUCCGGCGGCCAUCGACUGGCUCAACCGCCGCACUUAUUGCUUUGACCUACAUCCCGUCUAAUGCGCCCGUGCGAGCAAAGACACUCUUUGCAUCGACUCGCUCAACCCUGUCCCGCGAGCUGGGCACGGAGAAGUUCGCUUCUACCGUAUUUGCUACCGAGGAAGACGAGAUCCUGGGCCAGGAUGCGUGGCGUGAGCGUGAUGGCGAGGGUCCCAAUGCUAUUUCUCGCGAAGAUAUGAUGGGUGAGAAGGAGAGGGAGCUGGAGGCUGUUCGUAAGGCCGAGGCUGAGGCACGGAGUGGCACCCCCGGGAGGGAUAUUGGUAUUGGUGGCACUUUUAGACCUGCCUCUGGCUCUGGGAUGAGGGUUUCUAUGCCGGUUGAAGAUGAUGCUAAGGCUGCGCUGAGGGAUCUGCAGGAUGGUGGGUUGGUACAACUGACUAGAUACCACUUGAAGAAAUGGGCAGUGUGGAUGGGAUAUGUGAGACUCGAGGCUAAUAUGAAGCAGACCGUUGAUGUCCGCACGGAGAAGAUCCUCUUGGCCGAUUCCCAAUCUGGAGUCGAGGCCAACUCUGUCGCCACACACAUUUCCUCCUCUUCCCCUCGCUAUUCUUUCUAUCAUUACCCCGGAUCCGAUGUCAUCAUCUUCGUGUACACUUGUCCUACUGGAUCUUCGAUCAAGGAGCGUAUGGUUCAUGCCAGCUCGCGGAGAAACGCCAUCGCGGCUGCUGAGCAGGAAGGACUCAAGAUCGAGAAAAAGAUUGAGGCCUAUGGCCCUGAUGAGAUCACUGGCGAUCGUUUGCAAGAGGAAGUCACCCCGCCACGAGACCAGGGUUCUGCGCGAGGAUUUGCCAGACCUCGUCGCCCUGGCCGGUAA